AUGGAAUACCGCAUCACGUACACCGGGCCACGGGCAACCGUGACCUUGGUGUACGGCGACCCAGUGAAGAAACCACCCAGGAGGAGAAGGAGGAGGAAGACGGACGCGCCAGGGGCGGACCGGGGGAGGUCAAAACCGGUAGCUCAACUAGCGGCGGCGAUUUUUCCCGUUGUUCACCCCCAGCACCGGUCAACACCAGCGAGGCCAGAUGUUCCAGCUCUGCCGGAUCCAGCUGUCGACUCGCCAGUGGCGGACUCGGACCUGAACCAGGCCCUGAUGGAAUCGCCCCCCACAACUCCAAAGACUUCAGCUCCCGGGAUUCCAGCGUUGCCACCUCCACCUAGGAAGAGUGCCGCUGUAGAGUCCCAGGCCCGUCUUGUGGCCGUUGGAAAACGGAAGGCGAUUGUGUCUCCAGGCGACCAACCAGCCAAGCCAAGUCCGCCGACACAACCGCCGACACCUACUUCACCUCCAACAGAAGAUCCGCCCUCUGGACAGCCUUGGUCACUGCAGGCAGGCAAGCUACCAACUCGCUACUCGAGGCUGGUCAAGAUCAACAUUGGGGAUGUUCGCCAGCUACUUUGUGAGCCACACCAGGAUACAUACGAACCUCUGCCACAAACUAAAGGAGAGUACUCGGUGCGCAGGAUCAGAUGA